AUGUCUUUCAAGAUCAUGAAACGUCUCUUGUACGGGCGCAGCUUGCAGUUUACGGUCGGUGCCACCACACGCCCGGAGGUGCCACAAUCAUCUGCGGCAGUCACCAGGGCUCACAAAGCACAAGCCGUUCAGCAGGUCCGAUCGAAGGCCAAGAAAGACGAUGAGCUGAUGUGGUUGCUUCUGCAGCAUCUGCGGGAAAAUUUGAGUUCAUCUUCGUGGUACAGUCUGCCUCGAGAAAUGCUUGAAGAGCUGAAGAUUCAGAAGCUGGGACAGGCUUUGACAUCUGCCUUCAGCCAAUCAAACACUGGGCCGGUUGUGGGUGCCUUGCCAUUGGCAGAUGCGACUCACUUCCAACCGAUCCGGGACCUCCGCUCGGCCGGCAAGCUUGCUUUGCAGGGCAGAGAGACGGACAGUGUUGCUGUCAAGACACCCAGCAGCUCAUUCUUAUGCAUAGAGCCUGAUGACGAUGAUGGUGUUGUACUCUCGACGUCGCGACACAAGCGAACUCCAUCCGGUCGCGAACCUUCGUUGGUUCUUGGGGACACAUCGUUGCAGGACUUAGUGCAGCAGGUGGCCAGCGCAGGCAGAGGAGAUGCUGAUUUGGAUUUGGUGGUCUUCCGCAUCCCUGACAAAAGUCCUGCCGCAAAGAAGAGACCACUUGGAGCAGUCGAUGAUGUAUCGCCGACAGACUUUUGCAUCCGUCUGUACACCGUUCAUUCGACUUGCAGCAGAUCAGACGAGGUUUGUGUCAGCAUGCACGCUUGCACGGAAGUGCCCCUGGUCCGUCUCCUCGGCCAUUCGGGCGCAGACCGGACGUUGUCGCAGCGGCUCAUGGACAGUAUGCUGCAAUGGACUGUGAAAAGCGAUGUCCAGUUUUACUUGCGAGAUCCGGCAGGAUGUCCCUCUCUUGCCGACAACGCCGGUGCUAUGGAAGUGCUACAGGAACUUCUGAAUGCCGGGGCGGUCCAUGGUUCCGACAAGGCUUUCCCAGUCGUCGGCCUGGAUGAAGCAUACGAUUCACAACUUGCGGCAUUGCAGGCUGCAGGCGUGGUUGUGCGUGGGCGAGUUGCUUCCGGGAAGUCUGCCGAUUCUGCCAAUUCGGAUUCGGAAACCCUGCAGCUUGCGGCAUCUGCUGUGACCGAGAGAAUCAUUUUGCACAACAGCCGGCGCGCCUUCCAACCACGCGUCGGGGUCCCGUGGAAGUACAACCUCUUGCAGCCGAAGCGAGGUAUCAUGCCGAGUCAGCUGGAGGUGUUGAUGUUGCUGCAGGAUCGUGGUUGGACUCGGACACAGUGGACGGGAAGCUCGAAGGAGCUGAAACAAGCUUUUUUCGAAGAAGGCCAGGCUAGCCAGUGA